AGCUGAGGUUUGUUCUGAAGGGAGAAAAGUUCACACUAGUUUCUUCCAUCAUGGCGCAUCCCACAGUUAGUGCAUCAAAAGCCAGGAUUGUGUUAUUUGGAAACAGCGAGGAAAAGAAGAAAGCACUAAGCAACUUCAUCACUGAAAGAAAACCAUCACAAUUUAGAAGAUUCAACAUAAUCAGGCAUUCUGAAGUUUCAACCAGUGAGGAGAUCACAGUGGUUCAGACUCCAGAUAUCUUCAGCCUGCCUUGGAAAAAAGUAAGAGAAGAAAUCCAAACCUGUGUGAGUCUUUGUGUCCCUGGACCAAAUGUUCUGCUGCUGUUAGUGAAACCGACUCAGUUUAAUGAAGGAUACUUAAAAACCCUGAAGAUCAUCCUGAGUUUGUUUGGUCAAGAUGCCUUUAAACACUCGAUGGUGGUGCUGACUCAUGAGAUGAAUGACCAUAAUCGAUAUGUUCAGAGACUCCUUACAGACUGUGGACAAAGGAUGUAUCUAAUGCCUGAAAAUAAACACGAUCUGUUAAUGAGGAAGAUCGAAAACAUCACAUAUGAAAACAAAGGAAACUUCCUCACAUUCACUGAAGAGACCGUGAGCCCAAAGUCUGACAGCAAGAGACCAUCUUUAAACCUGGUUCUGUGUGGGAGGAGAAGAGCAGAAAAGACUUCAGCAGCCAAGGCCAUUUUAGGUCAGACUGAGCUUCAUUCAGUCUCCAACUCAUCAGAGUGUGUUAAACAUCAGGGAGAGGUGUGUGGACGUUGGGUUUCCCUGGUGGAGCUGCCUGCCUUGUACGAAAAACCUCAGGAGGCAGUGAUGGAGGAAUCACUCAGGUGUAUCUCCCUCUGUGAUCCUGAGGGUGUCCAUGCCUUCAUCCUGGUCCUACCUGUGGCUCCCCUCACUGAUGAAGACAAGGGAGAGUUAAAGACCAUCCAGAACACAUUCAGCUCUCGAGUCAAUGACUUCACCAUGAUUCUGUUCACUGUGGACUCAGAUCCUACAGCUCCAGCUGUUGUUAACUUUGUAAAGAAAAAUAAGAACCUUCAGGAACUCUGUGAAAGAUUUAAGGGAAGAUAUAUUGUUCUUAAAGACACACAUCAGGUCCCACAGCUGUUGGAGACUGUGGAGAAGAUGUGGGACAAACCACACAGCUACACAAUAAGUACCUUUGCACAUGCUUAUAUGGAUAAGAUCACCACACUGGAGGAUGAGGUCAGGUGCCUGAAAAAAAAGAUAAGAAGUGAGUAUUUAGUUAGUUAG